AUUAACACGCGCUAGACGCUCGAGAAUUUGCUCUUAAUUGUCUUCCCUCUCACCUCAACUUUGACACAAUUCUUGCACAUCUUGUGAUUCAACAAACAAGACUUUCUUGUCUUUGGUAGUUUGCUAUCUGUCAUGACCGACAAGCUGACAACCCAUAGCCAUGAUGAUGGGGAGAGGAGGGAGAUUACGACCAAGAUAGCUGGCGGCAAUAUGGCCUUCGCGGAAGCCAUGAUCAAGGAUCCUCCGGCGGCUUGGUCCAAGGCCCAAAUCUGUAUAUACCUCUUUUCCAUCAUCGGCUUCUUCUGCAGUACCAUGAACGGCUACGACGGCUCGCUUAUCAACAACCUCCUUCAGAAUGAGUGGUUCAAGGCAAAGCACGGUGUUGAAAAUGAUGGCAUUUGGGCUGGUAUUGUAUCCUCCAUGUACCAAAUUGGCGGCGUCGUGGCGCUUCCAUUCGUCGGCCCUACAAUCGACGGGUUCGGUCGGCGAUGGGGCAUGCUGAUCGGAGCCUUGUUGAUUGUCAUUGGAACGAUUAUUCAAGGCCUCUCAGAAGGUUCAGGCCAGUUCAUGGGAGGCCGAUUUCUGCUUGGGUUUGGCGUCUCCAUUGCAGCUUCGGCAGGCCCCAUGUACGUGGUCGAGAUCAACCAUCCCGCGUAUCGCGGCCGUGUGGGCGCAAUGUACAACACGCUGUGGUUUUCCGGUGCUAUCAUCGCCGCCGGAGCUGCCCGGGCAGGCUUAAACACCGGAGGAGAUUACUCUUGGAGACUCAUUACGUGGCUUCAGGCUCUGUUCUCAGGAUUAAUCAUCAUCUUCAGUCUCCUUAUCCCCGAAUCCCCUCGAUGGCUCUACGUCAACGGCAAGAAGGACCAGGCAACGGCCGUUCUCACGAAAUACCACGGCAACGGAAAUGCAGAGUCUCCGUGGGUCACGCUGCAGCUCCGUGAAUACGAAGAGCUUCUCAACCAGGACGGUGCGGACAAGCGUUGGUGGGACUAUCGCGCUCUAUUCAGAGACCGCGCUGCCAUUUACCGCCUAAGCUGCAACCUGAUUGUAUCAAUCUUUGGCCAAUGGGCUGGGAACGCAGUUUUGUCUUAUUUCCUCGGCUCUGUUCUCGAUACUGCUGGCUACACCGGAUCCAUCGAACAGGCCAACAUCACAUUGCUGAACAACUGCCAACAGUUUGCAUUUGCCAUCCUGGGCGCCUGCCUUGUGGAUAAGCUCGGUCGUCGUCCGCUGUUGCUUUUCUCCUUUGGCGCGUGUGCUGUGGUUUGGCUCGGUAUGACGAUUGCGACAUCUCAGUUCUCAAAAUCGUAUGCGGGCGAUGACGCGGAUGGAAAUCCUAUAUAUUCGAACCAGGCCGCGUCGAAAACCUCGCUGGCUCUAAUUUUCAUCUUUGGCUCUGUAUUCUCUUUCGGAAUCACCCCUUUGCAGGCCCUUUACCCCGUCGAAGUCCUGUCCUUCGAGAUGCGCGCAAAGGGCAUGGCAUUUUCCAACCUGGCGGUUAACGCUGCGGGACUCCUGAACCAGUAUGCUUGGCCAGUUUCCAUGGAGAAACUUGGUUGGAAGACGUAUAUUAUCUUCACGCUGUGGGAUGUGGUCCAGCUCUUUGUGGUCUAUAUGGUAAUCCCUGAAACCAAGGGUCGCACAUUGGAACAACUUGAUGAGAUCUUUACUGCCAAAAACCCAGUCAAGAUGUCCACUCAAAAAAGCACUAUUGCUGUUGACAAUGAGGGCGGGGUGGUCAAUGUCGAAAAGGUGUAAGAGGCGUGUCAUGUUGGAUUGGGGCGGGCUAGGAGCAACGAAUGGUAGAGUAGGGUGUCAAUCAAGGUGAUUCAUAGUGCUUCCGAAUCAGGCAUGUGAAAUUUUGUUCUUACAAAGCCAUUCU